GUUGGUUGCACAGUGCAAAUGGGGCUCGGGUGAAUGCAGCAGUUAAAGCUUGACGACACACGAUAGCGCGGGACAGUGCCGACCGGUAGUGCCAAUAUUGGGCUCCAAUCAAUCCGUCUUCGUUGGGCCAGGUUGGUGGUUCGUUCUUGUAUCGGAUCGAUCGGUCAGUAGCUAAGGUAGCUAAGUGAGUUCAGAGAGAGACAGUGCUAUGUUAAGUGUGAAACAGAUCGUUUUGAACUGUUUUGUGUUAGUUUGGUUGCAUUGAAAUCAUUCAAAUACGAGCGAUGCUCCUCGGAGAAGAUCUGUGAGAAGUUACUUAGGUCUUAACGUGUGCCUCUCUUAAAAGUGCCAAACAGACUUGGCAAUAACCAGUGCCAGAACAGACAGCAUGAGCCAAGGAGCUAACGGAUUACCCGCCGGCCAACCAUCGGCAACGCCAUACUAUCCCUACACGGGCCUACACGCCCCGGACGAGGGUUACGAUGCAAACUUUCACAUCUUCCCACCGGACUACUAUGCACCGGAGUGUGAUUAUCGCUCGGACAUCCUGGAUAGUAUGCGCAUGGCUCCAUCACAGCGCUCGCAACGGUUUCACAUCAGCAACAUCCUCGAGCUGAACAAUCAGCAGCAUCAGCACCAGGAUCAACCCGCCAGCAAAGACCAACCGUCCGCUGCCAGCCUAUCCUCCUCGACCGUACUGCAACCUCACGCGCCCCAUCCGUCCGCAUAUCCCUUCACAAUCGCCGAGCUUGAGUCGCAACAGCAUGCCACCCAACCAUCGCUUGAUGUUACCGCACCCACGAGCUACCCGGACGAUCAAUCUGCUGCCCUACCGUACGGUACAAUGUCCUCGCAGACCGCUUCCUGCUUGCCACUGCAGCCCGUCCUUAAUCCAUCCGCGAUUGGCACUGGGAUACCGUACGAUCCGCCACCGUACUAUUCCUAUUCGCACCAUGCCCAUCAUCUCUUUGGAGGAGGUAGUGCAGCAUUGGGGUCGUCCGGCGUGGUAUCGGAACCGCCCCGAUCGUCCUAUACCUAUGGUGGCGUUAAUUUAGAUUAUGUUCCAUCAGUUAUUCAACACAGCACACCGAGCGAGACAGCAGCAAACAGUAGCAAUCAGCAGCUCAGUCCAGAUAGUACCUCGCCCGGGCCGGAACUUUACUCCCUUGCCAGCUACAGCAACAUUCCGCGCGUUGUCAACGAAGCGUCCGAUCGGUUGGUAGCGCUCGAGUCCGACGGUCCUUCGCUCGAUCCAGAAUGUUCUGUCGACACGAACAACAACAACAACAACCAUCACACCCCAGACGACACCCCGGACGAUCUGGACUCACCGGGUCCGAGGGCCAGCCGGUCGGGAGGACACCGUGGAGAGUCGGGCUGCGGCACCGGAGGUGGCCACAAGAAGCGAAAGCGACGCAUUCUCUUCUCCAAGUCGCAAACGUUCGAGCUGGAGCGACGCUUCAAACAAGCCCGCUACCUGUCCGCCCCCGAGCGGGAACAUCUGGCGAGCAUGAUAAACCUCACGCCCACGCAGGUUAAGAUUUGGUUCCAAAACCAUCGCUACAAAACGAAGCGUGCGCAGACGGAGAAAAGCUCGUGCUAUGGCGCACCGCCACCGAACGUGCUCGGUGGUAGUCCGCCGAAGAAGAUCAAUCCUCCGGUGCUGGUGCGGGACGGCAAACCCUGCCCGGAGGUGCUACAGCAUACGCAUCACCAUACGCAACAACAGCAGCAACUAGCGCACCAGCAGCAACAACAAGGACAUCCCCAUGCGCAUCAACACGCGGCGGCGUCGGCGGCAGCACAUUUUCAUCACACACCGUUCCACGGGGUACACAGUUCGGGGUUGCAGACACCGGGCAGUGGUGGAAUGCUUACCGGUGGUCACGGUUCCCCGCCGCGCAUGUGGUGACGCCGGUGAGCCUAUUCGAGGGGCCGGGACAGUUCCGAAAUCGAAUUUUUCGAAUAAAGAGUGCAAUUUUAUUUAAUUAGUUAAAGAAAAA